UGUUGUAUUCAUUUCAAUAACUAAUAAUUUAGUUAUAAAAUAGCGGAACGUGAGAUAUCGCGAGAGCAUUUCAGCUAUGUGAGAUCCUGAGACGGAUAUCCGCUCUCUUUUUCGUGGCGGACCGUCGUGGGGCCGGUUUGGCAAAAUGAAGCUGAACAUAUCGUUUCCCGCUACUGGCUGCCAAAAGCUAAUUGAAGUGGAUGAUGAACGCAAGCUUCGUACGUUCUACGAGAAGCGCAUGGCCACCGAGGUGGCUGCCGACCCCCUUGGAGAUGAGUGGAAGGGUUACGUGGUGCGCAUCAGCGGAGGCAAUGACAAGCAAGGCUUCCCCAUGAAGCAGGGCGUGCUGACUCACGGCCGCGUGCGCCUGCUGCUCAGCAAGGGCCACUCCUGUUACCGCCCCCGCAGGACUGGCGAGCGCAAGCGCAAGUCUGUCCGCGGCUGCAUCGUUGAUGCCAACCUCAGCGUUCUCAACUUGGUCAUUGUCAAGAAAGGUGAGAAGGACAUCCCCGGGCUGACCGACAGCACCGUUCCCCGCCGCCUUGGCCCCAAAAGGGCCAGCAAGAUCCGAAAGCUCUUCAAUCUGGCCAAGGAGGAUGAUGUCAGACAAUAUGUGGUGAGGAGACCCCUAAAUAAGGAGGGCAAGAAGCAAAGAUCCAAGGCUCCCAGGAUUCAGAGACUGGUGACCCCUCGUGUGCUGCAGCACAAACGCCGCCGCAUUUCCCUCAAGAGAAAGCGCACCCAGAAGAACAAGGAGGAGGCAUCUGAGUAUGCCAAGCUCUUGGCUAAGAGGAUGAAGGAAGCCAAAGAGAAGCGCCAGGAACAGAUCGCCAAGAGGCGCCGCCUUUCUUCUCUCAGGGCAUCCACAUCCAAGUCAGAGUCCAGCCAAAAGUGAACUCAGUCAAAUAAAGUAAUGUUUGGUCUAAACUCUGCUGUUUGUCAGAACACAAUUUGAAUAAUAAAUUUAAACUAUUUUGAAUGCACACUAAAGAUUAACAGUCAAGAAGAAUCUGAUGUGCAGGUCUAUUAAUCUUGCCGCUUUGAUGUUUAAUGUUGCAGGGUAAACAGCAGCCAAAAUGUCAUUAGCUUCAUACAAACUAAGCAUCUAUUUUGUAAAGAACAAGAUCAAAAUGUAUGGUUAACUGGUACAACUCUGGAAUACAGUACAUUGAAAGAGUU